UUGUCCAAUAUGCCAGGCUGUACUGCUUCAUUACCCUUAGAUGCUCGUAAAGGUAGUAUGCUGACCCCUGGACAAGAUAUGCAGUAUUGUCCUGUUACACAGUUUGUUGGUCAGCUCCUACGUUUAUUGGUAUGCCACAAUGAAAAAUUUGGUACUCAGAUUCAGAAACAUGUUAAGGAAUUAGUAGCCCACGAAAUGAGUCCUACACUUUAUCCAAUUUUAUUUGACCAAAUAAAAGCUAUUGUGGAAAAAUUCUUUGAUUCUCAAGGACAAGUUGUUGUUACUGAACCAAACACACAAUUUAUAGAACAUAUAAUUUUUAUUCUGAAAAGUGUACUCGAGAAUAAAGUCGAUCAUACUGCAGAACAUCUUGGUGUUAGCAGUAUUGAGGGAAUGAUGUUAGCUAUUGUAAGAUAUGUACGACACUUGGAUACCACAGUUCAUGCCAUUCAGAUCAAAACAAAACUAUGCCAACUUGUUGAAGCUAUGAUGGUGCGAAGAGAUGAUUUAGCCUUCCGUCAAGAAAUGAAAUUCCGUAAUAAACUUGUAGAAUAUUUGACAGAUUGGGUAAUGGGUAAUAGCCAUCAGCUUGCUCCACCGAAUUCUGGUGAUGUAACGACUUUAACAAGAGACCUAGAUCAAUCUUGUAUGCAAGCUGUUGCAGCUUUAUUGAGAGGCUUACCACUGCAGCCAGAGGAGAGUGAUAGAGGAGAUUUAAUGGAAGCUAAAUCACAAUUAUUCCUGAAGUAUUUCUCUCUGUUCAUGAACUUGUUAAAUGAAUGUGGUGAUUCAACUGAAGAAAAAGAUGUUUCACGCCACAGGGUCCAUGUGUCCAGGUUAAGUGAGCUGAGAACAUGCACUAUUCAAGCAAUGUCUAAUCUUUUGAGUGCCAAUGUUGAUAGUGGAUUGAUGCAUUCCAUAAGUUUAGGAUAUCAUAAAGAUCUUCAAACAAGAGCAGCAUUUAUGGAAGUUUUGACAAAAAUUCUCCAACAAGGUACAGAAUUUGAUAUGCUUGCUGAAACUGUAUUAGCUGACAGAUAUGAGCAGUUGGUUCAACUUGUUACUAUGAUUGGGGAUAAAGGAGAGCUACCAAUAGCAAUGGCAUUGGCUAGUGUUGUUAUGAGUCCACAAAUGGAUGAACUAGCGAGGGUUUUUGUUACACUUUUUGAUGCUAAGCAUUUAUUGGCUCCAUUACUUUGGAAUAUGUUUUAUAAAGAGGUUGAAGUUACAGAUUGUAUGCAAACCCUCUUUCGUGGAAAUAGUCUAGGAAGCAAAAUUAUGGCAUUUUGUUUUAAAAUAUAUGGAGCAAGCUAUUUGUUAAGUUUACUGGACCCAUUGAUAAGUCCAUUACUGGACCAACCCAAUAUAAGUUACGAGGUUGAUCCCGCACGUCUUGAAGAAGGUGAAGAUGUUGAAGAAAAUAGACGAAAUUUAUUAUCAAUCACUCAAAAAGUGUUUAAUGCCAUAGUCUCAUCAGCUGACAGGUUUCCAUUACAGUUGAGGAGCAUGUGCCAUUGUUUAUAUCAAGUGCUAAAUAAAAGAUUUCCGAAUUUUCCUCAUAAUAUCAGUGCUGUAGGAACUGUGAUAUUUCUUCGUUUUAUUAAUCCUGCAAUUGUUUCUCCAUUUGAAAUGGGAAUAGUUGACAAACAGCCAUCUGGUCGCACAAAAAGAGGAUUGAUGCUAAUGUCCAAAAUAUUGCAGAAUAUUGCAAAUCAUGUAGAAUUCAGCAAAGAACAACAUAUGCUUCCAUUUAAUGACUUUUUACGUGCCAAUUUUGAACAUGGAAGAAGGUGGGUGGUACAGAUCACUUCAGAUUUGGAAUCCAUGGAUCAAACUAGUCACAGCAUGUCUUUCAUUAGUGAUGCCAAUGUUCAUGCUCUUCAUCGACUUCUGUGGAACCACCAAGAAAAGAUUGGAGAUUAUCUUUCCAGCUCACGUGACCAUAAAGCAGUUGGACGUCGACCUUUUGAUAAAAUGGCUACUUUGUUAGCUUAUUUAGGUCCUCCAGAACAUAAACCUGUCGAUUCACAGUGGAGUAGCAUGGACAUGACUAGCACAAAGUUUGAAGAAAUCAUGUCCAAACACAAUAUGCAUGAAAAAGAUGAAUUCAAAUCGAUAAAAUCUCUUAAUAUAUUUUAUCAGGCUGGAACUUCUAAAAGUGGUCAUCCAGUAUUUUAUUUUAUAGCUAGGCGUUAUAAAAUUGGAGAGACAAAUGGUGAUCUUCUAAUUUAUCAUGUGAUUCUAACUUUGAAACCUUUCUGUCAUAAACCUUUUGAACUUGUUGUGGACUUUACUCACACCAGUACUGAAAACAGAUUCAGAACAGAGUUCCUUCAGAAGUGGUUUGUAGUCCUGCCAGAAGUUGCUUAUGAGAAAACACAAGCAGCAUACAUAUAUAAUUGUAAUUCAUGGGUUAGAGAGUAUACUAAAUUUCAUGAUAGAGUUUUGACUCCUCUAAAAGGUUGUCGAAAGCUUAUUUUUUUGGACACACCACAGAGGCUUAAUGAUUACAUUGAUGUUGAGCAUCAACGUCUUCCGGGUGCAACACUUUCUUUAGAUGAAGAUUUAAAAGUGUUCAAUAAUGCUUUGAAGUUAUCUCACAAAGACACUAAAGUUGCUAUAAAGGUGGGUCCCACUGCUAUUCAAGUAACUUCAGCUGAGAAAACAAAAGUUAUUGGUCAUUCGGUACUUCUAAAUGAUGUAUAUUAUGCAUCAGAAAUUGAAGAAGUUUGUCUUGUAGAUGACAAUCAAUUUACAUUAACUAUUGCGAAUGAAAGUGGCCCUUUGUCCUUUAUCCACAAUGAUUGUGAUAGCAUUGUUCAAGCAAUUAUUCAUAUCCGAACUCGGUGGGAAUUAUCACAGCCUGAUUCUGUGACUGUCCACACAAAGAUCAGGCCAAAGGAUGUACCUGGUACGCUUCUAAAUAUGGCUUUGCUGAAUCUUGGUAGUUCUGAUCCAAAUCUGAGGACUACUGCUUAUAACCUACUAUGUGCUCUUACUGGUACAUUUGAUCUUAAAAUUGAAGGGCAGCUUUUAGAGACUGCAGAACCGAACCACCAGUCAAAUGGAUAAGCCCAUAAACUGGUAAUUCAAACUUUCAUAAUUGAACUAAUUGGCUGUGGUUAUGUAAAUAUAAGUGAUUAUCCUUUGGAGAAUCUUACGUGAGAACAUUCUUCUAAAGGCAAGUAGUCAUGCUUUGUCAUAUUUAAAAUAUCAUAAUGCUGAAUUAAAUCCAAAAACUAAUUUUUUUUUUUUUCAAGGAUACAGACAAGUUACUGAUAAUCUUUGAAGAAAAUCUGAAAUCUUCAGAGGACAUAUUCUUUUUUCAUUUAUUUCUCCUUGCAUUGUAAAGGCUACAAAUGAUGGAAUAAAUUAGAAGUCUGCUAUAUCUUCAUUGCAUUGUAUUAAUGUUCUUUAUUAUAAAAUUAACUGCAUGAUUACUCUUUUUGUAAAAUUUAAUUUAUAUUCUACAGGAUUAUGCAUACCAUCCAACAACACAAUAUUCAUCAAACAGAUCAGUGAGAAAUUAGCACAGAAUGCCUCUCACUUGACUCUGGAAUUUUUGGAAGAAUGUAUUCAGGGGUUCCGUUCUUCAACCAUAGAGCUAAAACA